AUGAGCAAGAAAAGAACCAUCAAUUCAUUUUUCAAACGAGUAGAAGAUGUGUGUGAUCCACAAUUGCAUCCGGUUAGUGAUAAUACUAAAGAAGAUGUUCAUAAUGCACCCCCACAAUCUGAUAAGAAUUGUAACAUUAAAGAGCCCAAUAGUAUUGAAACCGAAAAAAUUGAUAUGUCAGACUUAGGAGAGGUGAAAUUCGAUUCUUUGAUUCGUGAUCCAGGAGAACGACCGUCAAUCUUAAGUUAUACAAAGUUCCUUGCUUCUUAUAACAAGCCUGUUGCUAAUGUUGUACUAGAAAAUGCUCCUCAAAAUGCAAAGUCCACAUCACCUGAUAUCCAAAAAGAAAUACUAUGUGUUUUAGAUACAAAUGUACAAAAAGAAAUUCGUGAUGAAAUCAGGAUGUCAAAGUUUUGUUUAAUAGUUGACGAGUCUCAAGAUGAAUCUAAGAAAGAGCAAAUGGCUAUUGUUGUCAGAUUUGUCGACGAAGAUGGGAAUGUCAAAGAAAGAUUUUUGGACUUAGUUCAUGUUAAAGAUAAAACUUCAUUGACCUUGAAAAAUGAGAUAUUAUCUUAUUUAUCUUAUCAUAAACUUAGUGUUCAAGACAUUCGAGGUCAAGGAUAUGAUGGGGAUAGUAACAUGUGUGGAGAAUGGAAUGGGUUGAAAGCUUUAUUAUUAAAGGAAUGUUCGUAUGCUUAUUAUAUACCUUGUUUUGCCCAUCAACUGCAAUUGGCUCUAGUUGUUUCGUCUAAAGAUGUGUUCGAGGUACAUAACUUCUUUGAGACUUUAAACUUUGUAGUUAAUGUCAUAUAUUCUUCCUCCAAACGUAAUGAUCAACUGCAAGAUGCUCAAAUUGUUGAAAUUUCUCAUUUAGUCGAGGUUGGAGAGCUUGAGAGUGGAAAAGGCACAAAUCAAAUACAAACACUGCAAAGGCCUAGAGAUACUAGGUGGAGUUCUCAUUUCAAAUCAAUAUGUAGUUGGAUGAGAUUGUUUGGUCCAUCUUGUGCAGUAUUGCAUGACAUUGCUAUAAAAGGUUCUACAUCUUGUCAAAGAGGCGAUGCAGAAUAUGCACUUACACAUGCACUAUCAUUCGAUUUUAUCAUUGUUAUGCACAUGAUGAAAGAUCUGAUGGGGAUAAUUUACAAGCUUUGCCAAAGUUUACAACAAGAACCUAUAGAUAUUGUUAAUGCUCUUGCCUUGGUUUCUACAACAAAAGUAUUGAUUCAACAGUUGAUAGAUGAAGUUUGGCAAUCUCGUUUGGAUCAAGUGGUUUGUUUUUGUGAGAAAAAUAGCAUUCCUGUCCAUAAUAUGAAUGAAAAUAAUAGAUAUGUAAUUCACCAACGUUGUGAAAAAGACAAUAUAACCACAGAGCACCACUACCAAGUUGAACUAUUCAUUGUUGCUAUUGAUAGUCAAUUGCAAGAGUUGAAUUAUAGAUUUAAUGAGUCUGCAACAGAGCUUCUUCGUCUGUAG